CGUUCAGACCGCGGGCAGCGCGACACACGCAGCCCGGUUUCCCUGAAACAGCGUCGCUUCUCGCUUCUCCGCUGAGCUGAGAGAGGAGGCACGAGGCUGCAGCCGGACUGGAUAUUUACCCCGGCUCUCUGCGCCACUUCAAGCCAUGUUGAGAGAAGUUCUCCGCAGCUCUGGAUUUGGUGCGCGUCUGGAAAGCAGAGCAUGCGUGUUGACAGCGUUCUCCACUCAGCUGGACUCUUCCAGCAUCGCUUGUGCUUAACUGGGGUCAAGCCUUUGAGGUGAAUGAGAUUUGCCCCCUGGCUUGGAGACGCACCGUGCACGCAUACGUUGGAGUGACCUGGACAUCAACCGUGUAGGGUCCAUCUCUGCUGUUUACCUCUCCUGUCUUGCUCUGAGGGAAUUCAGCCACUAAACUGGAGCAAUAACACAGUGUGACAUCAGAGGUCCUCCUGCGUGAGCCCACGCGGUUUAGCCUUUGGGUCGCGGGGUCUCGUCAGUCCGCUCGCCAUGGGCACCGUGCUGUCCCUGUCUCCGGGUCCCCGGAAACCUGGUUACUAUGACGACAGGCCAGGCUCCCUCAGCCGCUACCCGAGCCUGAGCAGCCGCUCGCUGAACUGCCCUCAGAAGGAGCGCGGCGGCCUCAAGCGCGGACAGUCCAUUUUCCUGCCCGCCCUGACCUGGAAGCGGCUGGUGGCCUCUACCAAGAAACGAGGCAGCUCCAAGAAAGCUUAUCCAACCCAGGGAGCGGUCGGAGCUCCACUCAAUAACAACAACAUAUACCAGAACCAGAAGGACCCUUCCGUCUUGCACCUCAAUCGUGAAAAUGUGAAGAAAUCUCUUUCGUGUGCCAACCUCUCCAACUACGAAGGCCCAGCAGGCCUAGGCCUGGGGAUGGGCAUGGGAAUCGGGCCUGCCUUGGUAACCUACGGUAAGCCUCAGCAGCUUUCUUCAGUCAAGAAGGUUCCUCACGGUACCUGCGCUGGGUCUCCGAAGCGUGUGAUCGUCCAGGCAUCUACUAGCGAGCUCCUGCGCUGUCUGGGGGAGUUCCUGUGCGGUCGAUGCUACCGGCUAAAGCAUCUAUCCCCUGCUGAUCCAGUUCUGUGGCUCCGGGCUGUGGAUCGAUCGCUUCUCCUCCAGGGCUGGCAGGACCAGGCCUUUGUAACUCCAGCCAAUGUGGUAUUCGUAUACAUGCUUUGCCGUGACGUGGUGGACGGCGACCUUGUUUCGUCAGAACAUGAGCUACAAGCUAUUCUCCUAACCUGCCUCUACCUGUCCUACUCUUACAUGGGCAAUGAAAUAUCCUACCCUCUCAAGCCGUUUCUAGUGGAGGCGGCCAAAGAGGCCUUUUGGGACCGUUGUUUGGCCAUUAUCGAUGCCACAAGCUCUAAAAUGCUCCGCAUCAAUGCAGAUCCACAUUUCUUCACGCAGGUUUUCGCCGAGCUCAAAAGCGAAGGCGGCUGCGGCCCACAGGACUACGGCCGGCUGCUGGACCGGUGAGUGCAGAGGAGAAAAAGAAAGAGACAGAAAGAGAGAGAGGGGGAAAAAAGCUCCCUCAACACAUCUUUGCGUCUUUUAUGUCCUUGUCCUCAAAAAUCAGCCCUGACCUGAAAUUCAGUAUCUCUUAAUACCUCAGCGGUGUAAAGAUCCGUAAGGCCACUUCAAAAUCAAUCACUGUCUGAUCUUCUCAGGCACUUGACCUUCAACAUUGCCUUGAUAUUUGUCAAAAUUCGGAUAUUAAAUCUGCUUUUUGACCAGUUUCAAAGCAGAUGUGAGGUGCCUUGAAAACGGAGCAUGUUGAUGACUCCUUGCAACUGCAUUUCCAGUAGUAAUUCUUAUUGCGACACAUGGCCAAAUGACCCUGGGUCAUCAGAGAUGCCAGCAGUUUUCCCUCAAUGGGAAGGAACCUAUCACUGGAAUGAAUAUAGACAAGAAACAAGACAAUAUUAACUUAUCUGAGCCAGUUUAAGUCUAAAACUCUGCCCAAGCCUCUGCCCAGGUCAUUCUGAGGCACAGAAACUGAACGGCACACACCUGACAUUACUUGAACGAUGGGUAGUCCGUCCGCCCCAUCUCAGCAUCUGCUCCGUUAUGGUGGAAAUGCUAGAUUAGUUCACCCCUCCUGUGGCCAGAAUGGUAGCAGACUGCACUGUCCCACUGAUGAUGGAUCUGUUUUCUUGGGUCAUUUCAUGUCAGAUGAGGCGUCCAAUGUGUUCACCAAGCAGAAGGAGACAGAAAAAAGGAGGAUUUAUCCCCAAACUGGAAGAAACAUCCUAAAGAAACCCAUCAUCUAAACUUCAGACACAACAGUAACCAUUUAUAUUUCAACAUAUGAUUUAUGCCAAAUCGAUGAAACUCAAGCUUUGGUUAACGUUUGGUACAUUUGUCAUUGCAUCAGCACAAAGCUGUGCAGUAGGUGUGGGCAAUAUGGCAGAAAUCGAACAUCACAAUACUUAAUGUAUGUACCAUAUAUACGAUAUGAAUCACAAUAUUGAGUUUGAACAGACAAAAAUACUCCAUUAGUGCUAUAAAAUAUCAAAACUCAUCCCUAAUUAUGCUCUCUUUGUAAUUAAACAAGAACUUUAUGUGUUUAAGGAUGGAGAAUAUCCCCAAUAUUAACCCAGAAAAGCUUAUUUUGGCUUAACGUGAUGUAUCUUAUCACAGAAAUGAUGAAUAUCGCCAUAUUGCCUGCCCUUACUGAGCGCUUCUAUUCUCUCUGAUCUAGCAGAGGUUCCGCUCUGUCCAUUAGAGUUUUCAAGUGGAAGCAAUAUGUGCAAAGGGCAGUCAUCAUCUGCUGGUCACUGUGUUGUCCUUGCUUUGUUUCAUGUACCCAGCAUUAGGAUGCCGGCUGCUGUGGCAUUAAUGAGAUUAACAGAUUACCGCCAUACACAUCUCCACACCCACACAGUGCGUCUCCUUGCUCUCCAGCCUGAUGGGUUGCAGAGCUAAUCCACACUGCUUGUGUGCUCGGCCCAAACCUCUCUGGUUCCAAGUGUUCUCCUCUACAUUGUCAGAUGAAAGGUUCUGCAUAGGUACAGUUUAGGGUAAAUGUGCCCUCAAAGCUACAAGCUACAACAAUGCCCUCGAGGUCCUGUACCUUAAAUGAGAUUUAAAGGUUUGCUACAUUCACUUUCCCAGAGAAAAGAAGGAUAUUUGUACCUUUUCCACAAUCUAAUGCCUGAAAAUAGAGAAAUAAAAUAACAUACGUAUAAAUUUAAAACUAGGGAUGUGCAAUUUGACUAAUAUCCAGAAGAGUUGAUGAACGGAUGUGUGGUUAACCACCGGGAAGGAAGAACUUACAGUCAUCUCCACGAGGUCUUUUCUCCUCAGUGGACGAUGUGCCAACAUCUUAUUUUGUCAGAGAUGGAUUGUUUCACACUUUCUGGGCGUAGCUGACAUGGUGGUUAGCCUACUUAGCAUAAAAGCAGGGCCAGAUCUGGCCACAUUCACAUCGGGGGCAGUCGUGGGUGGUUAGGGAGCCAGCCUUGCGACCGGAAAGUCACCGGCUCAACCCUUGAGCAGGACACCUAACCCCCAGACUGCUCCCGGGGGGCUGCGGAUAGGGCUGCCCACCGCUCCAGGCAAGUGUGCUCACUGCCCCCUAGUGUGUGUGUGUCCUCACUAGUGUGUAUGUGGUGUUUCACUGCACGGAUGUUAGCCUGCUGAUUGACUCAGUCUUCCUGAAUAGUAAUGAAUACCGGAGUGAGUAGGGAAUUUGAUUACUGGCACCGUGAUUGGUUACCUGAGUACUCGAGUAGAUGUGCACAUCCCUAGUUAAGAAAGGAACGUAAUGGAAACGGAAUAUGUUGGUUAUGUUCUCUCACUAAAGGGCCUGAAGACGAACCCUUGAGUGUAGCACCUCCGUUUAAUAGCUUCUUUUCUGAGAGUGUAGUAUGGAGAACUGAGCCCAGAUAAAAACAUCAGCAGGAAGUAACCGUCUGAGCCGAGUGCAUUUGAUCAGAUGAGCCAAGGCAUCUCUGAAACUCUGAAGACCUUACUGUCAGAUGCACAGGUGCGCGUCCUCAUUGAAACCGGGUUUUUUUCAAGGACGUGGAAGGACCCAUUUUUUCCUCUUUGCUGAAAAAAGAAAAAAAAAAACAUUCAUCCAUCCACAAAAGACAAGAAAUGAUGUACAGACUUGAAUCAAGUUCAUUUCUUUCC